AUGGAGAUUAAGGCCCCUAAGAAUUCAUUUGAGAAGAUUUAUUGUCAGAAAUCUAAAGAUUUUCCGUAUAAUAUUCAGUUAUUAAAUCUUAUUAAAAACUGCCGAAAGAUACAUGGUGGAAAACUGUUUUUUGAUCUUUUAUUGGCAGAUAUUGCUCGUAUUUCUGACUCGGAAAAACUUUAUCCUCCUAAAUCGCUUGUUGAGCUGAAAAAAUUAUAUUUUUCGAUUGAAAAUAGCCAGAUUGAUGAAUUAAAGAAGAAUUGUUAUCAUUAUUAUCUUCUUAAAGACUCUAAUAUGGGUGAAAAAUUUUCAAAUGAUGUUUUUAUUCCUAUCAUUUAUAGAAAAUUGAUGGAUAGUUAUUGGUAUCUUGAUAGGAUGAAAUUUGAGGAAGCUUUUUCUUCUCUUUGUACGCCGAAUUUGGUUCCUAAUUUUCCAGAGAAAAUUUUAAGUUCUUUUUAUCUUCUUUCUGGAGAACAAGGCGCUCAUAUGACAAUUACAUAUGCAGAUGUAAUGUCCCUUCCUUUAGAUACUGAUGAAAAGCUUGAUGUAUAUAUGUCUGCUUUGAUAAAAGUAGAUGUUCUUUCUGCUUAUUCUUUUUUGAAAUCUUGUCCUAAUUUAAAAGCUACUUUUUUCCGAAAAAUCAUUGAGCAUUGUCUUUCUGUACAACAAUCUACAAAAUGGAUAUUAGAAUUACCAUUUACAAAAGACGAAGAAGAACAAUUAAUAAGUUAUCUUAAAGAAGCUUCUUAUGCAUCAUCAAAAAAUAUUUUAUUUGUCUAUUUAAUUAAUAAGGGGAAGAGAAUUGAGGCAAUAGAAUUAUCUAAAUCUAUAGGAAAUGAUUUUUUUAGGAAUAUAGAAAUAGCAGACUUUGUUAAUGGAUUGAAUAAAUCGCUUUUACCAAUAGAAAGAAAAAUGAUUCAGUAA